AUGCAACAACCACAACCAUCAACAAAUGACAAUAGUAAAUCUAUGGAUUUAGAUGAUGAAAAAAUGAUGCAAUUGGAACAAAAUAAAAUUCUUUUAUUUAAUUGUAAUGAAAUUGUUGACUUCAACAGUGGCGAUAUUAUUUUACCAACAAGAAUAACUUGUUAUUGUAGACAUCAUAAUGAAAAAGUUGGAUUCCGAAUAAAAGAUCAUACAAAUGAUGUUAUUGCAACAGGAAUGUCACCUCCUAUCAUGAUAACUGAUGAUCAUAAAUCAUCUAAAACAAAGAAUGGAAUAGCAAAAAAACGUUUAAGAACUAAGCAUGGUCGUUGUAAUAUUGUUGAUUCAAAUAAUUCAUCUAAAAAAAAAUUAAAUGAUAGACAACGUCACACACCUUCCCCUCCUCUUCCUUCUCCUACCACAACCUCAUCUUCUUCUAGCAGUAUUUAUGGGAAUAGCAACAACAGUCAUAAUAAUUUAAUGAUGAGCAUUUCGCCGAUUGAAACUCAACCAGAUUCUUCACUAUUAAACGUUAUUCCAAAUGAUGACUCAAAAGACAAUCUGUCGUCUUUAUCUCCAUCUCCCGAAUUAUCAAAAAACAAUAUAAAAAAACAACAAACUCCUCCUCUAGAAACCACAUCCAAUUUAAUUUUUUCACCCAUUCCUCAUGUUCCACAAAGUCUAUCUAGUCUUUCAAAUAAUGCCAGUGUAUUAUCAUUUCAUCAAUACCAUCAAAAUCACCAACAACAAUAUCCUCACCAAUUGCACAUUCAUCAACAAUUUGAUCAACCUUCUAUUAUGGAAACAUCUGCUUCUCAAUAUAACUUUGCUCCUUCAAUAAACAAUGAAAAUUUAAACAUUAUUAAUCUAGCAUCAAUAAACAGUUCUAAUUCUAUUUAUGAUCCAACACAAUUACUACAAAAUUUUGGAUGUGGUUCCACGAGAUUUAACAUUAACAAUACAAACACAGGAAAUGAUGCUGAUUCAAUAAGAUUUCACAGUUCACGUAUUCCUAAUAAUUCAAGACCUUUCUAUAACUCAAAUGGGAACUUAACUAGUGCCUCGGCUUCCAUAAACCAGAAUGGUACAAUAGCUGAAUUCCAAAUACCAAGGAUGAACAAAUUAAUUCCUUCGGAAGGUCCUGUACAUGGUGGAAUUGAAGUAACUGUUUUAGGAAGUAAUUUUUAUGAUGGUUUGACCUGCGUUUUUGGUGAGACACCUGCUUUUCAAACGCAAUUUUGGUCUCCAAAUGCUUUAGUUUUAGAUACAGAUCGUGCGUUAAUGGAAUUGGCAUUACAAGUUAUAGGAAUGAAAAUGACUGGAAAAGUUGAAGAUGCGCUUAAUAUUGCCACAAGAAUU